UACGUCAUCAGCGUGCUCCAGGACACCCGGAAGUGCAGCAAGAUGUAACAUGUUUUGCUGAAGUGUAGUGUGUAUGAACCAAGUGGUGUGAAUUUAGAUUACAUUAGAACCCUAAUUAGAAACUUGUAUUGUGUUUUGCAGCUUGGAGAUGGAAGGAAGCGAAACAGACAAGAACUCUGCAGCCCUGAGAGAGGAGGGGAAUGACCUCUUCAAGGCAGGAGAUGUUCAGGGCGCUGUCUGUUGUUAUACUAAAGCAUUGAAGCUGAGUGACAGCCCAGCAGACGGUGCUGUGCUUCACCGCAACCGAUCUGCCUGCUACCUGAAACUAAAGGAGUUUAACAAGGCAGAGACUGAUGCAUCUAAAGCUCUUGAUAUUGACCCGGGUGAUGUGAAGGCCAGGUUCAGGAGAGCUCAGGCUUUCCAUAAGCUCGGUCAACUUGACCAGGCCUUUAUGGAUGCUCAGAGGUGCGCCCAGCUGGAGCCUAAAAACAAAGCCUUUCAAGAUCUGCUUAGACAGCUGGGAGCACAUAUCCAGCAGAAGUCGGCACAACUCAACUCUACAGAUGCUCGCGUGCAGAAAAUGUUCUCCCUCCUCUUAGAUGCAUCUGCAAGCGACUCGGAUCGUCAAAAGGCAGCUCAGAAUCUAGUGGUUUUAUCUCGAGAAGACGCAGGGGCUGAGCAGAUCUUCCGCAAUGAUGGAGUGAAACUGAUACAGAAACUUCUUCAGUCAAAGCAGGAGGAUGUUGCCCUUUCUGCCCUGAGGACCCUUGUUGGGUUGUGUACAGGGCAUCAGUCCAGGACUAUGGCUAUAGUGAAUGAGUUGGGAAUGGAGCAGCUGUGUGCAGUAAUGGGAUCAGGAGCCUCCGCUGUGUCUCUGGCUGCCUGCCACCUGCUGCAGGUUAUGUUUGAGGCUCUGACAGAGGGCAUGAAAAAAGAGAUUAGAGGGAAAGAUGAAGCCAUUCUUCCUGAACCAUCCAAAGAGUUACGCUCCAUGCUACGCCACCUUUUGGAAAUGAUGCCAGCAUCUAAUGUGUCGGGGCCAGGCAGAGACAGUGCCAUCAACCUCCUGGUCAAACAAGUCCCCCGCAAGUCCUUGAAAAAUCCUGAUAACUCCCUCACGCUGUGGGUGAUAGACCAGGGACUGAAGAAAAUCUUGGAGGUGGCUGGAACAGUCCCCGAGCUCUCAAAAGGACUCCCACUUACAGACAACUCUCACAUGAGCUGCUCUGUCUUGCUUACUAAACUCUAUGACGACCUCAAGAGCGACAAAGAGAGGGAGAAUUUCAGCAAGCUAUGCGAAGAAUAUGUGCAGCAACACUUCAGUCGUUCUGGCCUGGAAGCCAAGCUGCGGGCCAUCCAGACAGUAUCUGUGCUCCUCCAAGGACCGAGCGAGGUGGGCAACAGUACUCUAGAGAUGUCGGGAAUGAUGGAUGCAGUGAUCUCUCUGUGUGCCUCCAAAGAUGUCACACACCAGCAGGUUGCAGUGGAGGCUCUUAUCCAUGCUGCAGGCAAGGCCAAGAGGGCCUCCUUCAUCACAGCCAAUGGCGUGGCACUUCUGAAGGACCUCUACAAGAAGAGCGAGAAUGACAGGAUACGUGUGAGAGCCCUGGUGGGUUUGUGCAAGCUUGGAUCUGCAGGAGGGACUGAUUUCAGCAUGAAGCAGUUUGCAGAGGGAUCCACACUUAAGCUAGCCAAGCAGUGCAGGAAGUGGCUGUGUAACGAGUCUCUGCCUCCAACCUCCCGCCGGUGGUCAGUGGAAGGCCUUGCCUACCUCACAUUUGAUGCUGAUGUGAAGGAAGACUUGGUAGAGGACAAGAACGCUCUCCUGUCCAUGUUUGAACUAGCAAAGUCUGAAGACAAGACGGUGCUCUUCGCUGUGGGCUCCACAUUAGUGAAUUGCACCAACAGCUAUGAAGUAGAGAAGCCGGAUCCUCAGAUGGUUGAGCUAGCUAAGUACGCAAAGCAGCAUGUGCCUGAGCAGCACCCAAAGGAUGCUCCUUCCUUUGUGGAGAAAAGGCUGGGGAAGCUACUGGAGGCUGGGGUGGUGUCUGCGUUGGUGUGUAUGGUCAAGCAUGAGAGUCCGGCCCUUACUGAGGCCUGCAGGGAGUUUAUCGCCAGGGUCUUCUUGGCUUUGGUGGAGCGACAAGAGGACAGAGGCACAGUAGUGGCACAGGGGGGAGGAAAGGCUUUGAUCCCAUUAGCAUCUGACAACACAGAUAUUGGCAAAAUCAAAGCAGCACAAGCUCUGGCAAAAAUAACCAUCACAUCAAACCCAGAGAUUGCCUUCCCAGGAGAACGGAUAUAUGAGAUGGUGCGUCCCCUUGUCAGUCUUUUGAGUCUUGAAUGCACCCUGCUGCAGAACUUUGAGGCACUCAUGGCUCUCACAAACCUGGCUGGCAUCAGCGAAAGACUAAGACAAAAGAUCAUAAAGGAGAAGGCAGUCCCAAAAGUCGAAGGUUACAUGUUUGAAGAGCACAACCUGGUCCGAGCCUCUGCUACAGAGUGCAUGUGUAAUCUGGUUUUAAGUGAAGAGGUGCAGACACUGUAUCUAGCCACAGGCAAUGAUCGCCUGAAGCUGCUCGUGCUGUACAGUGGAGAGGAGGAUGAGAGAUUGAGAAAAGCUGCUGCAGGGACCUUGGCCAUGCUGACAGCUGAGCAGCCUGAGCUCUGUGCCCGCAUCCCUGGAACAACGACCCACUGGCUAGAGAUUAUACAGGCACUGUUGCUCUGUGAAAUAUCUGACCUGCGUCAUCGUGGAGUGGUCAUCGUUCACAACAUGAUGCAGGCAGAUAAAAGUCUAGCUGAGACGCUCAUCGAGAGUGAAGCUCUGGAGAUUCUUUCUGUCUUGGCAAAGGGAGGAGAGGGCAUGCCUGAGCCCGUCUGCAAGAUUGCUCAGAACUGUCUGGACAAGGCUGUGGAGUACAACAUCAUUAUGUCCAGGGACGGGAAGGAGAAGCGCAAACAACUUGAACCAUGAAAGCAUAGCUGCAGUGUGUGAAUGUGCUUGGAGACAAAGUGCUUUGUGUAUUGUUGGACCAGUGAAGUCAUUACAGUUUUGCAGGAUAUCAGUUUUAGUCUAGAAGAGUACAAGCUGAAAUACUCUGCUGGUUUAACUAGCAACUGUGAAAGAAAUUUAAAAAAAGAGCGAAAGUAUGUUUUGACAAAAAGCUGAUACUACUACUGAGACACAAAUGAGCUUGGAUUGCUUUCAACUGCUUGUAUUAAUCUUAUUAACUUGUGUCUUUUACUUCUGAGACCAAACAGGCACUCUAACAUUCUCAUUCUUCACUAAAAAAUGAUAUGCCUCUAUUUUUGCAUUCAUUGUUAUGUGUGAUAACACAGAAAUAAUCAUACUCCUUAAUAUUUUGUUGUUAUUUUCUAUAUUUUUUCACUUUAACAUUCCCAUGUUUUUAUUUUCAGUUGCCUGAACAACAAGCAAAACACAAAUGUGUAACUCUUUGUCAUUACUGCCUAUUUUGUAUUCUUACUAUAUCGCUGUAAUUAUUACUCAACUACAUUUCCAAUGUGCUAAUUGUAAAGUGGGUUGUUUUUUUAAAAACUGAACACAUGGACAGAAAAAAUAAAUACUUUGUUACCAGUGGUGGACAGGAACAAAGUAUAUUUACUUGA